AUGCCGCCCAAGCGUGCAGGUACCCGGCGCGCCGGGGCAACUGCUCGCUCUGACGUUUCCAUCAUUCUCGGUCACUCGAGUCCGGCCGUCACCAAUACGCCGCUGCCAGAUGUGCCUACCCAGCCAAGCUGGGCUUAUGGCUCUCCCGCACCGGCAGUACUUCCUCGCCGACUGACGGCGAAGCAAAUGGGUCUGGCCGAAGUGGCUGAAUCAAUCGAUCAAACGAUACGAGAGGCUCAAAAACGAGAUCAACACAACAAUCCAGAUGAGUCAAAUGAGGGUAGUGACCGACCCCAUAUGAAAACUCGUCUGCGCGGGCGAUCGAUGGCUGCUAAUCAGUCUCCUGUUCGCCGACGCGCCAAGCGAGAGCCGACACCAGAUCAAGUGCAGUUGCUUGAAGGACUGCGCGAAGCGACUCUCUCUCCGAAUCGAGGGUACCGAGAACCCCAGGAUCAAUUUGAACGAUCGACUGCCACGCCAACACCCCCAAUUCCACAUACUCUUUCUACAGCCUCAAGUCCGACCUCGCAACUCCUCGCCGAUCCCAAGUACCCGUCUCUGCCAGCUGGCCAACUCUACCCUUCUCCACUACAGCGCGUCGGCUCACCAGCUCGCAAUGACAUGCCAUUGGAAAAUUCAACUCAGAGUGCAGGCUUUGAUGACAAUGAAUCCGUCAUCUCGUGGAUGGUCGAACGUGAUGUCCAUGAUGAUGACCUACAACGGACCAGUUCGAAUCGAUACCGCAAUGAGCCACAGGGGAGGAACAUCACCGCGCCACCCCGACGUUUUUCGGGGCUUGCUUUCGCCAAUGAGACCAUCCAUGAAGAGGACGAGCCCGAUUCUCGUCUUUCGUUGUCUAAAGCACGGUCCAGAGAGCCUACAGUCGAGUCUCAAGCUCGAUCUGAACCUCGUCCCGAUCUUAAUCCGUCUCUCGAGCCUCAACAGCCCGAACCUGAAGUGUCAACAGCCCCAGCCCGAACCAUCAUUCCUCACUCAUUCACAAAAGAAACUUCAUUCCAAGAUUCUACCGUGCCCCUCUCGGAACAGUCAUUCACUAACGAGGCUCGUUCAAUACCGACUGCUCGUUUCAUUCCGAACUUCUCGUUUGGACACCCAGGAAAACAGGCGCUCAGAAUAGUUGGGCUUAUGAUAUUGACCACUCUAUCCCUCUUCACUCUUUACUCCUUCAGCGACAGAAUUGUCGAACUGUCCCGUGACAUUAUCUCAUGGUCUCCUUUUCACAGUCAAACACCCUUUAUUCCCUUGAACACUUCCGACUACGAGGUAGUGAAUCAUCUCAAUAGCCAGAUGGUUAAGCUUGGAGCACAGGUCUCGUCAAUGUCCAAAGAACUGAAAACCAUCAAAUCCGAGGUGCACGAUGUCGCAGCUCCAACAACUGUUUUGGAGCCUGUUCGCACCCUCCCUAAGAAGCCCAACUUCCUCAACAUCAAUAUGGGCAUCAUAGUGGAUCAGCACAUGACCAGCCCAACAAUAGAAGACAGGCGGGAUCACUCUGAUGAUCCGCGUCCCGAAGAAAACGGACCUCUUGCGGCGCUGUUGCCCUGGGAUGACCAUGGGGAUUGCUGGUGCAGCGCGCCACGGAACGGCAUUUCUCAGCUGGCUCUCCACCUAGCACGUGGGAUCGUGCCGGAGGAUGUCGUCGUUGAACACAUACCGAAACACGCCGCCAUCACGCCGGAAACCGCGCCCAAAGACAUGGAGCUCUGGGUCCGAUAUACUGUCGAUAUCAACACAGAUUCUGAUCUGCCGUCGGAGGCAGGAUCAGCCAGCUGGUAUUCUCGACACCUCGAUAAACUUUUAAGCAGCUUCUCGUCCAAAUCCGAAGCGUUCGAAAAGGAAUACCAGUCGCCGAUGCUCGCGGGGCGCUUCUCGCUGCACGACUACAUAAUAGGCAUCCUUCGUCCAGCAUACUCCAAAGAGCCCGAAACUGCCUACUGGAAUGAUACGCUACUGGGUCCAAGUUUCUAUCGUGUUUCAAAGUGGAGAUACAAUAUCCACGGCGCUCAUCAUAUCCAAGAGAAUAGUCUCGACGUGAUCAUCGACCAACCUGACAUCCGCGUGGAUCAGGUCGUUUUUCGCGUCAAGUCAAACUGGGGGGCAAACUACACAUGCCUCUAUCGUUUGAAGUUGCACGGACAUCUCUGA